UAAGCCAAUCCUACCGAGUUGCAGCUCAAAAUAUCAGCGACCAAUCCUCCGGAGCGUUCACUGGAGAAAUAUCGUAAGCAUUCCACGAUGACGUUCAGGGCAGAUAUGAUCAAAGACCUUGGCUGUGACUGGACAAUUCUGGGCCACUCCGAGAGGCGGACGUUAUUCCGCGAAUGUGACGAGACCGUGGCUCGGAAACUUGUCACGGCGGUUAAAUCCGGACUAAAAGUAAUCGUCUGUGUCGGAGAGUCGUUGGAAGAACGGGAAAGUGGUCGGACAGAGGACGUGUUGACUCGCCAAAUAAAUUAUAUAAAAAGUAGUAAAAAUGUAAUUGUAGAAAAUGCCCAAAAUUGGAAUCAAAUUGUGAUCGCCUACGAGCCGAUUUGGGCGAUUGGCACAGGCAGGGUGGCCACGUCUUCGCAAGUACAGGAGGCUCAUCGGUUCAUCAGAGCCUUGAUUGACACCGUUGGCAAAUCGGUUAAAAUAAUUUAUGGAGGUUGUUAUUUUUUGAGAGAGCAAAGGUUCUGUUAA